CCGUCUCGCCCAGUCUGAGCUUGGGUGACGCUGCGGGGAGCUGCAGAUUUCCACAGCUGGAGCAAAAGUGAUGACCCUGCGGGGAGGACGGGGCGAAGCGUAAAUCUCGCGGAGCGUAAUUUGGAUUUGAGCACUGGGCGGCCCAGAGAAGGAGCUCCAAACCCACGGAUCCUGCAGUUUGGAAGAGCAGCAGGUAUGACGAGCCAGGCUGUGGUCGCGUCUGUGGCUCUGCUGGCCCUGUGCUGCCUGUGGGUCCCCAGAGGAGGGGAGAGCGCUGGGGGGAUUGCUUCUCUACGGCUGGCGGGAGGGAAGAGGCACGCGGGGGAGCAGCUGCAAAACACGUCUCUGGACCCGGAGCGCGAGCAAGGAGCAUCGGAGGACCCACACCCACUGGGAAGCAGCAGUAAAGCUGAGAGAGACGCGGAUGAGGCCGCAAAUACAGGGUUCGUGGACAGGGUGAGGAGAGCACCAGACGAGGGCAAGAAGAAAAAGGAUAAAAAGAAGAACAAGGAGCCCGGCGCUACCAAGAAGCCCAAGGUGGACAAGAAAGGCAAGAAGGGCAAGCAGAAGACGACCACCACGCUCCCGCCCACCACCACCGCCGCCCCGACCGAGCCGCCCACCGAGCCGUACACUGACUACCCCGACCCCUUCCCCGACCCCGACGCCGACAAUGAUUACUGGAAAACGGGUGAUGAUGAUUACUGGGGGCCUGACCCCACACCAUCCCAGCCUGAGAUGCUGACCACAGACCUUCCAUACGAUUCCUGGAACCCGGAGGAGGAAGACCCAGCGGGUCCUGUAAACAACGCCUACGAUGACUACGACAAGCCGGACGACAAAGAGCCGCUGCCCCCUGUGACCGAUAACUACGACGACUACUGGAAACUAGGGGAGAAAGAGACGUUACCUCCCGUGACCGGUAACUACGACUACUGGAAACCGGACGAACAAGAGCCAUUGUCGCCUGCGACCGAUAACUACGAUGACUACUGGAAAGCGGUGGAACCAACACCUCCUGCCCCUAAGGUCGAUGGGAAGAUUGGGACGGGUGACGGCGAUUACUUUGAGACGCCAGACAAUCUUCCAUUCCCUGAUGGUAAAGAGGUCAGCCCCGAAAUCAUAGUGGAAACUCUACCAGAGGCCACAGCCACAUCUCCGUACGAGGGGACCUGGUAUGAUGACUACGACAACUAUGGAACGAGGAGGAAAGAAGACGAGACGGACAAAAAAUGGAUGGAGAAAGAGAUGGAGCGAGCAAAUAAAGAAAGAGAGAGGGAAGAGAGGGAGAGAGCGCAGAAGCUGAAGGAGGCGGAGGACCGAGCCAGGAGCAGACCACGUGUCUUCAAAGAGCCGAAGAAGUGCCCUCCCCUGGGGAUGGAGUCGCACCGGAUCGAGCCGGACCAGCUGACGGCGUCCUCUAUGGCUCAGUACAGGUUCGCACCUCAGAGGGCGCGUCUCAACAUGCAGGGCUCAGACGACGAGGACGACAUGAGAGGAGGAGCGUGGUGCGCGAACUCGGAGGACAGGAUCCACUGGUUGGAGAUAGACGCUCGCAGGGAGACAGAGUUCACAGGGGUCAUCACCCAGGGACGAGACUCCUUCAAUGAGAGUGACUUUGUGACGUCCUACUACUUGGCUUUCAGCAAUGAUAGUAGAGAAUGGACCACCAUCCAUGAUGGAUACGCUGACUGGCUAUUCUUUGGAAACAGCGAUAAGGACACUCCAGUGAUGAACCAGCUGGCGGAGCCUGUGCUGGCCCGCUACAUCCGCAUCAUUCCUCAGAGCUGGAAUGGCUCCCUGUGCAUGAGGCUGGAGGUCUUAGGCUGCCCUGUGCCUGAUGCCGUUGAUGUCCAGUACAGGCAAAAUGAAGUGACUCCAGUUGACUACUUGCAGUUUAAACAUCACAGCUACUUGGAGAUGGUUGCCCUUAUGAAGUCAGUUCAUGAAGAGUGUCCCAACAUCACCAGCAUGUACAGCCUGGGCCGCAGCGCCAAGGGACUGGAGAUCACGGCCAUGAUCAUAUCUGGCAACCCCACAGAGCACGAAAUAGGUGAGCCCGAGUUCCGCUUCACAGCAGGCCUGCACGGAAACGAGGUGGUUGGCCGCGAGAUGCUCCUGCUCCUGAUGCAGUACCUCUGCAAGGAGUACAAGGACAGAAACCCCAGGGUCCAGCAGCUGGUGGAGGGAAUACGCAUCCACCUGGUGCCCUCGCUCAACCCUGACGGACACGAGGAGGCGUUUCAAAUGGGAUCAGAGCUCAGUAGUUGGACGACGGGACACUUCACUAGCGACGGCUUUGACAUCUUCCAGAACUUCCCAAAUCUAAACAACAUACUGUGGGAUGCUGAAGAUAAGGGCAUGGUGCCCAAACUUACUCCCAACCACCACAUGCCGAUACCAGAGAACUUCGAAGCAAACAGCUCAGUUGCUGUGGAAACCAGAGCUAUAAUCUCCUGGAUGAAAACCUAUCCAUUUGUGUUGGGUGCCAACUUCCAGGGUGGAGAGACAAUUGUGUCCUAUCCUUACGACAGCUUACCUCCCAACAAGCCCGCCCAGAACCAGAAACCCCACAGCCGCAAGAAGAGACAGUACGAUGAAGGUUAUGAGGAGACCGAGUGGGAGGUGGACCACCAGGAGGAGCCGGUGGAGGACUGGAGGAGUAGGGGAUACGCGGAGCCGGAGGAGGAGUGGAGGGCUCAUGGCAAUGAGGACCGCUAUGACCACGGCUAUCACGGCUACGAACACGGCUAUCAUGGCGGUUAUGAGCACGGCUACGAUCACGGCUACGAUCACGGCUACGAUCGCGGCUACAAUCAACCUGACAGCCGCAGAGAGGAGGAGGAGGACGACAGAGGAAGAGGCGGCAGCCAUCAAUACGCUGAGCCCGAGGAUGAGUCCCGGGUGAUUGCGGACGAGUCUCUCUUCAGGUGGCUGGCGGUCUCCUACGCCUCCACCCACCUGACGAUGACGCACAGCUACCACAGCUCGUGUCAUGGGGACACUGGGGGGGCGGGGGGUCUGGGCAUCGUCAACCGGGCCAAAUGGAGGCCGAUCACGGGCAGUAUGAACGACUUCAGCUACCUGCACACAAACUGCUUUGAACUGUCCAUAUUCCUGGGCUGUGACAAGUUCCCUCAUCAGAGCGAGCUGGCGUACGAGUGGGAGAAGAACAGAGAAGCAAUGCUCGUCUUCAUGGAGCAGGUGCAUCGUGGCAUCAGGGGCAUUGUGAAGGAUGAGCAGGGGAACCCUAUAGCAAACGCCACUGUAUCUGUAGAGGGUAUAAACCAUGACGUCACAACAGCUCCCACAGGCGACUACUGGAGGCUGUUGAACCCGGGGGAGUACCGUGUGACUGCUCGAGCCGAGGGCUUCUCCCCCGUAACUAAGCUGUGUGUGGUGGGCUACCAGUCGGGAGCCACCGCCUGCAGCUUCAACUUGGCCAAAUCCAACUGGGAUCGCAUCAAACAGAUCAUGGCGCUCCAUGGCAACAAGCCAAUACGACUCAGCUUCGGGUCCACGAGAGCACAACAUUCCUCGACCGCUAAUGGCAACACGCGCGUGGGUAAGGGCAACAGGAAUUCACAAAGGAUACCACUCACCGCUGAACAGCGAAGGAUCAGGAUAGCUCGUAUACGGGAAAAUCGGAGAAAAAUGAGGUCAAGACUGACAACCACAACUACAGCCGCCACUACCACCACAAUCCCCACAACGCCAGAGACCACCACGUCCUGGUACGACUCCUGGCUCAUAGGGGAAGGACAGUCCUCCACACCUGGCGGCUUUACAGACUCCAUCCUAGAUUACAACUAUGAGUACAAGCUUGACGACUAUUAAACCAAAUCUAAAAAAAAGUAAACAAUACAAUGAGAAUGCACAAAUAUUAUCUACAUUAACAGCAUGCAGAUAGUGUAUCUAUCUGGUAAGCAACACUUAGAAACUCCUCUCCACACAAAUGAAUCAACUGAACUAAACCGUUUGAAAGUGCACACUGAAUUUUCCCAGCUCACUAUUCUGCCUUUUUUAUGAUGCUUGUUGCUUCAUGAAAAGAUGUUUAUUGUAGAUGCACAUAAAAAAUACAGCUGAAUUAUUUACACUGUCGUCAAAUAUGGUAGAAAUGUUUUUACAGUACACACAGACAUGAAGAUUUUAAAAGAGUUUCUUGGUAACAGAGUCAGGGGGAGAGAAAGUUUUGUGUCACGUUUCCCUCAGAAAAGCUGUGUUAGAAGAGUUAUUUGUCAAAUAAAGGCUUGUUAAUACAAAA